UUCAUAUAUACACGUUGUAUGUGUGUGCCAUAUUGAUUGACCAUGAUAUUGACCAAUCAAUGCGAAUAAUUUUUAACAUAGGGGAUGCCAUGCCAAUAUUUAAGGGACUCACUUCUUGAUUUACUUCCCUUGCAAAUUUUCGGCCAUUCACGCGUUGUCAUUUUUACGUUAGCGUCAUUUAUUUAGGACAAAUCGUUGAAUUUAAAAGAAAAACAAACCAAAAAAACUAUAAAAUAUUAAAAUUGUUAGCCACGACUAACAGAAAUUUAAAACAAACCAAAAAAAUCGAAAAAUUGUUUAAAAAAGGAAAAAAAAGUACAAAUUGUAUCAACCUCAACGUUAACGUGUUGAAAGUCGAAAAGUAAAAGCCAACCCACAAUUUAUCAAAAAGAUGAACGCUACAGCUCCGAAUAACUAUCCCAUGGCUACGCUUUAUGUUGGAGAUUUGGCUCCUGAUGUCAACGAAGCCGUUCUCUUCGACAAAUUCAGUGCAACCGGUCCUGUUGUGUCGAUUCGUGUCUGUCGUGAUUUGGCAACGCGUCGCUCUUUGGGCUAUGCUUAUGUCAACUUCCAGCAAUCGGCAGAUGCCGAAAGAGCGUUGGAUACCAUGAAUUUUGAACCUAUCAAAGGACGGCCAUGUCGUAUUAUGUGGUGUCAGAGAGAUCCUUCUUUGCGCCGAUCUGGUGUUGGAAAUAUCUUCAUAAAAAAUUUGGAUAAAGGGAUCGACAACAAGGCUCUGUACGACACUUUUAGUGCUUUUGGUAACAUCCUUUCAUGCAAAAUUGCGUUGGAUGAGAAUGAAGUUUCUAAGGGCUUUGGUUAUGUCCAUUUCGAGACACAAGAAGCGGCUGAUGAAGCUAUCGAGAAAGUCAACGGCAUGUUGCUGAAUGACAAGAAAGUGUUUGUCGGUAAAUGGAUGUCUCGCAAGGAACGUAUAGAUCAGCUAGGUGAUGCGCCAAGAAAAUUCACCAAUGUUUAUGUCAAGAAUUUUGGUGAGGAUUUCUCAGAUGAAGACAUGAAGAAUCUUUUUGAAAAGUUUGGUGAGAUCCAAAGCAUGAAAGUGAUGCGAACUGAAGAUGGCAAAAGCAGAGGCUUUGGCUUUGUCAGUUAUGCAGAACCAGAACAUGCUAGUAAGGCUGUUGAAGAAAUAAAUGAUAAAGAGGUGAAUGGUAGGAUAUUAUAUUGUGGACGUGCUCAGAAGAAGUCUGAAAGACAGGCAGAAUUAAGGCGACGCUUCCAGCAACAGAAGAUGGAAAGGAAUAUUCAAUUUCAAGGGGUUAACUUAUACAUUAAGAACCUCGAGGAAUCCAUUGAUGAUACACGUCUGAGGAAAGAAUUUGAAAGCUAUGGAACAAUUACAAGUGCAAAAGUGAUGAGAGAUGAAAAAGGCAACUCCAAAGGUUUUGGGUUUGUUUGCUUCCAGUCACCUGAGGAAGCCACAAAGGCUGUUACAGAAAAAAAUGGUCAGAUUGUGAUGACUAAACCACUUUAUGUUGCUCUUGCACAACGUAAAGAAGAGCGUCAGGCACAGCUAGCUGCCCAGCACAUGCAACGUGUUGGUAGGAUGAUUCCUCAAGGGACUCAACCAGUUGGUCAAAUGUUUACUGGUGGAUUUUAUCCUGCCAUGGCACCAUUUCCAACUGGCCAACGACCAGCCUUCCUGCCUGCCCAAGUUCCUCGUCCUAGAUUCUCUAAUCAAGGUGUGCGUGGCACUCCAGGAUAUCCUGGUGCAAUGAUGACUCGUCCUCGAAUGCCUAGAGCUCCACCACGUCCAAUUAACCAACAGCAGUCACGUAUUGCUCCCGGUGGUGGUGCCAACAUGGCUGGCUUAAGUGGACAGCGAGCUCCAUCUGCAUCAGGCACACGCAACCAAAAGUAUAGCCUGCCAUUAAUCAAGCUGGUGUAGGACAAGCUCAGGGUAAUGCAACUGCUGCAAGUGCUAGUAUUGCUAUUUCUGGACCAGAUGUAUUGAACCCAACUGUUUUAGCUCAAGCAUCUAUUGCAGAUCAAAAGCAGAUGUUAGGAGAGCGCCUCUUUCCACUCAUUCAACAAACCCAUCCAGAUCUUGCUGGUAAGAUCACAGGCAUGCUGUUGGAGAUUGACAAUAGUGAAUUGCUUCACAUGUUGGAAUUCCGUGAUGCUCUUGCUGCAAAGGUUGAAGAAGCUGUUUCUGUCCUUCAAGCUCAUCAAGCCAGAGAGCAGUCUGCACAGGAAACUAAGAAAUAAGAAUUGGGAAAAAUGAUUCUAGAAAAUUACAUGGACAUGACGUUUUGUUUUCUUUGCAUUUUACUCGUACAUUACUGUUAUUUUGAAUUUCUUCUUGUUAAAGGAAUUUCUUACAGUAAAUUACAUUCUUCAA